CAUUCGGAACAUCGGCGGCUGCCCGGGUGACUUGGUUAUAUGUCACAGAAUAACAUUCGAGAAUGGGACAUGGAAUGAGGCGACGGCCCCAGCAAGCCCCAGCAGCCCCAGCCCCAGCCCCAGGCCCAGCAGCAGCAGCCCCUGCUGUCCCGCCGCCCGGAGAGGCUCUGCAGCCAUGAAGCCAACCGUCCCGAGGCACCGCCGGUAAGCAGGGAGCCUCCGCGGAGCUCCCGCCGCCGCUCCCCCUUGGUGAGUCCUGCCGCAGCGAGAGGCAUGGAGAAGGCCGCCCCCGCGGGGCACUGAUCCCCUCGCCGCGCCCGCGCGCACACGCCCCCCGCCGCCGCAGCUGCCGCCGCCGCCGCCGCCGCCGCGCGCCCCCAGUACCUCGCUCCCCGCCCAGACCCCACCAUGACCGGCUCCGCGGCAGACACUCACCGCUGCCCCCACCCCAAAGGCGCCAAAGGCACCCGGUCCCGGAGCAGCCACGCGCGGCCCGUGAGCCUCGCCACCAGCGGGGGCUCAGAGGAGGAGGACAAAGACGGCGGGGUGCUGUUCCACGUUAACAAGAGCGGCUUCCCCAUCGACAGCCACACCUGGGAGCGCAUGUGGAUGCACGUGGCCAAGGUGCACCCUAAGGGGGGAGAAAUGGUGGGCGCCAUCAGGAACGCCGCCUUCUUGGCAAAGCCUUCAAUACCCCAGGUCCCAAACUACAGGCUGUCGAUGACGAUCCCAGACUGGCUCCAGGCGAUCCAGAAUUACAUGAAGACCCUACAAUAUAAUCACACAGGGACCCAGUUCUUUGAAAUUAGGAAAAUGAGACCGCUGAGUGGGUUAAUGGAAACAGCAAAAGAAAUGACCCGAGAGUCCUUGCCUAUCAAAUGCCUUGAAGCUGUCAUCCUGGGCAUCUACUUAACCAAUGGACAGCCUUCCAUCGAGCGGUUCCCCAUCAGCUUUAAAACCUACUUCUCAGGAAACUACUUUCACCACGUUGUGCUGGGGAUUUACUGCAAUGGCCGCUAUGGCUCACUGGGCAUGAGCCGCAGGGCUGAGCUGAUGGACAAGCCAUUGACUUUUCGGACUCUGAGUGACCUCAUCUUUGACUUUGAGGACUCUUACAAGAAAUACCUGCACACAGUCAAGAAGGUCAAGAUUGGGCUGUACGUCCCCCAUGAGCCUCAUAGCUUCCAGCCCAUUGAGUGGAAGCAGCUGGUCCUCAACGUCUCAAAGAUGCUGAGGGCUGACAUAAGGAAGGAGCUGGAGAAAUAUGCCAGGGACAUGAGAAUGAAGAUCCUGAAACCUGCAAGUGCCCACUCUCCGACCCAAGUGAGAAGCCGGGGAAAAUCCCUGUCCCCCAGAAGGAGACAGGCAAGCCCCCCGAGGAGGCUCGGCCGGCGAGAGAAGUCGCCUGCACUGCCUGAAAAGAAGGUGGCUGAUCUGAGCACUCUGAAUGAAGUGGGCUAUCAAAUCCGAAUUUAGCCAAGCCAUACCGGCCAGCAAGAGGGUUUCUGUGGUGCUUCUCUCUGCACUUUACCCAGCAUCUUCAGGAGGAACUGCAACUAUUUAUUAAGAACUUGUGAAUUUUAUUUUUAAGGAUUCACCUGGAAAUAGAAUCUGAGUGGGUGGUAACCAUUAGCUUUAAAAAAUUCACUAAAAGGCACCAUGAAAAGGCUGAAGUAAUAAGCCCCACUGGGGUUGGACUAUGUCCCUCACUCAAGAUCUUAAGGAUAACCACCGUAACUGAAGUUUUAUAUUUUUCCAUUUACCUACUUUCUUUUACUUGCUUUGAACAUUAUGCCUCACCAAUAGUAAAUGUUCAUGAAAUAAUCUCUUGAACUUUUUUGGUAUAGUAAGGUAACUCUAACAGUAUUACUGUCUUUUUCAGCAAUAACAGAAAGCAAAAAUGGGUGGGUUUUUUUUUAAGCAGUUAUUACCUCAGCAUUUUGACAUCAGAUAUGCAAACUUAAUGGCGUUUUGUUUUUUUAUAUUCUAUUUGUAUUCUUUCCCCAGUAUUUCCCAUGGGGAUCUCCACAAGUUUGGAGUUUUUUCCUGGUGCACACACGUGAGGAGAUUUAAGGUACUAUAUGCAAGUGUUUUACUAAAAAGCACUGAAAUUCUUCUGGCAAUACAAGAACCAUUUUCAGGAUCUUGGAGUUACUUCCUUCUUAAUCUUUCUUAAAGCAUUCACUGAUGUUUUUGUUUUUUCAAAAUGAAACAAAAAUAUCACAUUGAGAAGCUAGUCUAUGUUCUGUCACUAACAUUUAAACUUUGCAGACUCUAACAAAAAGCACAAGAGGUCGCGUACUAUUAUACAAAUUUAGCAGUACUGGAUUUACCUCUGACACUAACACACUCAGGCAGAGACCAGGAGUGAUCAGCAGGUCUUCAGAACCAAAAAACCUUUCUGUUCACAUUUCAUCUGAUUUUUAAACUGAGACAGGCUUUGAUUCUUCUGAAGGAUGCCAAGAAUCAAACUAAGGGAGGACUCACUGUUAAAGAUGUGUUCUGAUGUCUUAUAUUAAGACCAAAUGUGACAUGAUGUGAUUUUCUUCCAGUACUUUGCUUUUAGGUACCAUUUCAUGACAUUUUAGGAAUGAGUAUUGGAAAAUAUAAAGAAUUAGAAAAGCAGCACUUUUUUUUUAAUGGAAAAGUCUUUGGUCCAGUGUUACACCUUAUAGUGUAAUUCAGUCCCUAAGCACAGAAUGAAUGUCUGGCCUGCCUAUGGUAGUUACAGCGUAACCUCUGGCUGCAGACCACACAGGACAACCCUAACAGCCUAGUCUUGUAUGGUAUAAAUAUCAACAGUACAGCUUCGAUUUCAUUUGCUUUAUCUUAGCAACAAUGCCAACUCAGGAGAGCAGACGGCCGAUUUCAGUGAAGUCUGGUAGAAAACAGAUGUUAUUUCAGUCUCAGUGCAUCUCCUCUGGCUUUCUUUGACUGAAGGUGUUUAUAGGAAGGAAGUUAAAAAAAAAAAAAGCUCAUUGAGAUUCUUUACCAAUUCUUUACAAGAUUUCUGGGGGUGACAGGGAAAGCAAAAGGACUUCAAAGCAAAAGGGUGCACAGGAGCUUACUUCACCCUGAAAAUCAGUAUUAUUAAUGAAAAGUACUGUUUUCUUAAACAAGUCGAAUGUCCUUUAGAUGAACAAGACCAAGUGUACAUCUCCAUUAGAUUAAAAUGUAGCACAGGGUUAAAAAUUAUCAGUUUAAUCUCUUUAAGAACAGUAUUAUCAGAGUUUAAAAUGAGUUAGCUCUCUUUAUCUUCACACAGCAAACCCAUUCGCAGCCUCUUGGCCACAUGUAUUCAGAUGUUUGAAAUAGUGAAUCAUUUCAUUUUCAUUCUAAAACAAUACUGACUUAGCCAUAUACCUUCUGUCUGUCAAUCUGAAACUUGCUUACAUCUAAUAAGUAGACCUCUUAUAACACUGCAACCAUUCUAAGAGCUGGAAUUUAUUUUUGCCAAGUAUUAAGUACUGUUACAUCUAAAAUACAGAAUGUCAAAUGGUUGCAUAGCUUGUUUCCCACAACAAGGAGGAAAAGAACAGGAAUACAAACUCUGUAAUAUGCUGAUAUAGAAGCCUUAGAACUGCCAACUGGCUUGAUGGUUCAAUUAGUAAGCUAAUUUCUCCCACACCCGCUCCUUGAUUUUUAGACUAAUUUUCCCAAAGCAAGGUUUAGUCACACAAACUUGAAAGUACAUUUAAAAUGUUCUUAGUUGUCAUCCUACUUUUAUUGCCUAUGGAAUAUGCUAAUUUCUAAAAAAAAAUAUGGGAAAGGCACCAAACCCCUAAAUUCUAGUGCAAUAAUUUAAAAAACAAAAACAAAAACAAAAACAACAUGUUAUUUGCACCCCCCUCCCAAAGCUGAUUUUAAGACUGGCUAGAAUUCAAAAUAUAAAAAAUAAAACUAUGAAGUGAUUUGAAAUCAGUUUUAAAAAGUUCUUAGUGCAAGAGAAAUUUUAUGUUUAAGCCAUCAUGGCAAUAUAUGCAAAGUUUAAAUGAAUGACAGAAAUCUUGAUUUUAGACUGUAUGUUGUGCUGUUUUGAGUACACUUUAUUUCAGAAAGUGAUAUUUAGUAUUUUCUAUACACUCUGAAAUCAUGAGCAUUUCACUUUUUCUAAGUCAAGUAUUUCAUAAGGAUUUUAUUAAUAGAUAUUGGUAAAUAGAACUUUGGAAAUCUUAAUUCAGAAUUCUUACUAUACCUGAGUCUUUUGUAAGCUAUAGUUUUAUGUACAACCUUGUACAGUUUUUUUGACAUACAAUUCAGAACUUUGUUUAUUCUCCUGGACUUUGUUCUGGCCAAUACAUUUUUUUUUAAAUCUUUAAGAAGAACUGUGAUUGUUUUAGUGGGUAUUUUUCUAAGUAAAUGAAAACUUGUAUAAUGGUAUUUUAGAGAAUGCCAGAUAAGUGCAUGUUUCAAGUUAAUGUUUUUCUCAUCACUUGUAUGUUUCUAACACAGCAUGGGACUUUAAUAAAACCAUCCUGGAAACUUAA